GCAAAAUUUCGACGAAUAUUGCUGAUUGUUCACCCGAUUGAAUAUAUCACAAUGGCAGCUUCGGAGAAGGUCGAAAAGCGAUCGAAGCGCAAAAGCGACACAACAUCCACUCACAAACCUUCGAAAAUCUCAAAAAAGUCAAAAAAGACCAGCAAGUCCUCAGACACAGCAGCGGCCUCGGCGUUCGCAUUGCUAGCCAGUGGCAGUGCGCUUGACGCAAAUCUUUCUUCCUUGUUCGCGGUCAAGCAACCAGCAGUCAAGGCAAAUAUUGACAGUGGUCGAGAGCGAUCAGCUACAAAGCCUCGCACUCAGGACCUGGAUAAUGAUGCCGACCUUGAGUCGAUCAGUGAAGGACUCGACGAUGACGCAGACGAGGCAGAAAGCGGAUUGAUACCACUUCAGAACCGGCUCCCGCUACCAGACGAAAUACAACUCCUUGACAACGAUGACGAAGGCCGAAGUAAGCGCAAGCGCAAGCGCAAGGAUGGCGACGAUCUGGAAGGCAAAUACAUGGAAAAACUUGCCCAAGAAGAAGCUAGAGACUUUGAGCGGUUGGCUGCUGCACGAGCAACAAAGCGAUCGAGACAGCAAGAGACCGAAGACCGCAUACAAUCCCGGGAACCUCAGGCCGGGGCUGACGACGGUGAAGACGACGAUGAAGACGACGAUGAAGGUGAAAACGACGCAGAAACUGGGACGGCCGACAAUGAUGAAAGCGACAUCGAGGAGGUGGAAGAUGAAGUCCCAUCAGAGCCCGUACCAAAGCACGAAACAGAGGUGGCAGCAGAUGAGGACCUCGCAAAGGCAAAUCGGACUGUGUUCCUUGGCAACGUUUCCACGACUGCCAUCACAUCGAAAGCUCACCGAAAAGCAUUGAUGGCGCACCUUGGAUCGUUCUUCACAGAUCUUGCGGACGCCAAGACAGGGACGACGAAGCCCAAAGUCGAGUCGCUCAGGUUCCGAUCUACGCCUUACGCCUCUGCUAUUCCCAGAAAGGCUGCUUUUGCGAAACAAGAGGUCAUGGACGCCACCACGAAGUCAACCAAUGCAUACGCCGUCUAUUCAGCCCCACAGCUGGCUCGAGAGUCUGCGAGACGACUCAAUGGUACCGUGGUGCUUGAUCGCCAUCUGCGCGUGGAUGAAGUGGCACAUCCCGCCAAGGUGGAUAACCGUCGAUGUGUGUUCGUAGGCAAUCUUGGAUUUGUUGACGACGAGACCAAUAUUCAAGAUGCAAACGAGGAAGAGGGUCGUGAGAAGAGAAAACGAGGCAAAGAGCCUGCCGAUGUCGAGGAGGGGUUAUGGCGGACAUUUGCGAAAUGCGGCAAAGUGGAAAGUGUCCGGGUGAUCCGUGAUAGUACAACACGGGUUGGCAAAGGUAUCGCUUACGUUCAAUUUGAGGACGAGAAUGCGGUUGAGGCAGCCCUACUCCUUAACGAGAAGAAGUUCCCGCCGAUGCUGCCUCGCAAGCUGAGAGUAACGCGCGCCAAAGCUCAAAAACGCAAUGUCAAACCUGGCUCUGAUCGACCAACAUCACGGCCAAAAACGAAUGGAUACCAGCGCAAGGUCACCUCCGAGGAGGCAUCGAAACUCGGGCGUGCUGGAAAACUUCUGGGUCGCGCCGCUGCCUCGCGAGUUCGACGACCUGAGAAGAGUAAUAGCAGCAAUGGAGUAGCUCGCCCAUCACGACCAUUACUAGCGGAGGGUAUCAGGCGGCCGGAGAGCUUUGUGUUCGAGGGACACCGUGCAAGCUCGAAGCAAGGCAAAUCUGGUCUGAAGCUGGGCGGAAAGCCCUUGUCUAGUAAGAAAGUCAAGGUCACAAAGCGAAGUGCCGCUUUCAAGGCGAAGAAGAGGACUGCCUAGAAUUAGAUGAAUGCUGUCACCGUUUCGUCCACGCG